AUGGUCACGGCUUAUGUGCAGAAGCGUCAGACGGUCCUCGUGCCGUCGCAGCCGUUCAUCGACAACUAUCUCUUCAUCGUCCCUGAGAUCAAGGACCUGGCCGGGUAUAACAUCAGCAUCGAGGAUGUGCAGGCGACCCUGGAAUGGCUGCGGACGCUCGAGGCUUUGGAGUUGAACAGCUUGGCCCAUCCGAAGGCCGUUGACGAUGUGGUCGGCAAGCUGACAGCAACUGCAGGCGACGGCACCGUAGCGGCAGCGACCGAUGUGACGGAGUGCGUCAUCGUCGCCGAUCCGGACAACAUGGAAGCCAUGGCAACGGCCUAUGUCCUUUUCGAAAUGCUCAGCCCGCUCAUGAUCAAGGUAUUCCGCUAUGUCAUGCUGCCUAUGAGGUUGCGGCCAGCGGCUGUGCAGCGAAACCCAGUUGAUGCGCUUCCACAGAAGCACAGGCAUGGUCUGCUUGCGAAGCCAUGCCCAGAUCCCUGCAAGCACGGAUCCCAACAGCUCACUGCAGCUCGGACCUGGGAGAAAAGUGGAGACCCAGAGCAGUGCAAGCAAGGCAGCAUGACUGUAGCAGUGAUUGCUGGUGUUGAUUAG